AUGAGCACAGCUAAAGUUCAGGAUCCCAAGGAAGUCAGACAGCCGAGAAGCUUACCGGAUCAACCCUCACGUGUCUAUCGCGCCAUCAUCCAAGACACCGACCAUCGGACCACACCCUCACUCCCGUCACAGAUACUCCACUUCCAGGACGACCAAGCUGAACCUGCGAAGAUAGAUCAUGUAGCUGAGAAGGAACCAACCAUUAAGGAGUCAGGCUCAGUCCUAAAGAAGCGGGCAUUCAAAAAGAAUGAGGCACGCUCUGAGCGAAAUGCGAAGAAAGGUAUCUUUCGGGAGUACGAGGAGCAAGUCAUGAACGAAGCGCGCACAGCCAAAGAGAAAACAAACAUCAGGGUGACACGCUCAGUCAGGAAGAGGCGGGCUGCCACAAGGGAGGAAAUGAAGCUCGGUGAAAAUGUCAUGUUCACCGUACAGCAGGCUAUUACCGUAUACGAGAAACAAGAAAAGGAUGGUUUUCCGUUGGAUCUACAGGUAGAAAGAUUCAGGAUGGGAUGA